CACCGUGUUCGACUCAGAGUCGGACUGGAACAGUUGGGGACCGGAAACUCGAGGGGAAGGUCAGGACAGCAUCGGCGGGGGGAUGAGUGGAGGCUCCCUGCUCCGUAUGUUGCGGCAGAGUGCAGGAUUUGGCAUCAAUAUCUUCAUGCUGGGCAGCCCUGCCUUGGGCAGUAGGCUAUUGCGUGCAGCACCUGGACAGCCGCUGCCAUUCUGGGCUGGGCAUUCCACACCAAGGUUUUACAAUGUGAAAGAUGCAGCCCAGCCUGUUGAGGAAGAAGUUGGACCCUUCACCAAACUGAUAGAAGCGUUAGGAUUCACUGGACCUCUGAAGUACAGCAAAUGGAAAAUUAAGAUUGCUGGUCUACGCAUGUACACGUGCUGUGUGGAGAAAAUAGACUACGAAGAAAUCUUUGAAAGAUGCAGUUUGUCAGACACACUGAGCUCGUGGUUUCUGGUCACACAGCUUCACGUCUGGAUGUCCCUGGUGCGUAUGAAACAGGAAGGUCGUGAGGGCAAAUAUAUGUGCAGAUAUAUUGUGCACUCCAUGUGGGAGGACUUGCAGCAACGGGGAAAAUUAAUGGGGAUCGAAUCAAUUGUGUUGAAACAGCACAUACGAGCUAUGACCGAAAACUUCUACGCUGCUAUAUUUGGGUAUGAUGAGGGAAUAUUGUCAGAUGAUCGUGUCUUGGCUGCAUCUCUGUGGAGACACUUCUUCAAUAAACAGUGCGAAGACCCAAGGCAGCUGGAGCUGAUGGUCGAAUAUGUCCGCAAACAGAUCCAGUACCUGGACUCGAUGAAUGGAGAGGACCUGCUGCUGACUGGGGAGGUGAAGUGGAGGCCUCUGCUCGAGGACAAUCCCCAGAGUAUCCUGAAGCCAGACCCACCUGCCUACAACGACGAGGGCCUCUGACUCGAGUGCGCCUUCCUGUCAGGCACCAAAGCGUUCAGUGACAAUCGUAACCUGUGACUAAGCCAACUCGACUUCUCAAUCCGGUUUCAAACAGAAUUGUAUUUAUUCCUGGGUUUUUCCCCUGCCCCCUAACCCAAUCCACUGGUUCGGUUCUACUCCUGGGUUCUGUGUCCCCUACUAGAAAUGUUCCCCUCUUUGAGUGGGUGAGACAGGUACUGCUCCUACCCUGCAUUGUUUCCUGGUUCACUAAAGGGAUCUUCCUCAAAGACUUGAUCCGAGCCGAACCAAGCUAAAGCUGGUCUCUGGGCAGCCUAGUGGACACGGUUUAAAAGGAGAAGGUAUGUCUUGCGUUUCAGGCAAUGUGGGAAACUGACUGAGCUGAAAUCUUAUGAUUAAUCCUUUCUGUCGGUUAUCUAACGAUGUGGCCUCUGUUAAGCUAAAUGAGCCUAAGGUUCAAACCUGUAGAAAAGUGUGGCGUGCAGGCAAGGUGAACAGAAAAUAAAGCACACAUUACUGAUGUAAAAUGUUGCUGUUGAACAAAGCUCGUAAACCAAUCUGUUGUCUUCAUUUUAGACUGGAAAACCUCAGUAAAAUCCUAAAUCGCAAGAACAAACUGUAAAGCAGGGUGCUGCGUAUGAGAAAUACAUUGUUUCAAUAAAAAACCAAAGUUUCCUCUGCACACAAACUAACUAGUUAUGUCAAAAAUUGGCUGAAAAGUGGUGUAGAAUGGGUCUACAUAAUGCAAAACUUUUUUUCUUAGAGAGCAGGAUUAGUAGCCAAAG